GUUGGACGCAGUGAGUCUUGCAAACGCUCCCAAAGGCCGGUAUUUCCAUUGCAGUCGGUGUUGGACACGAAAACCAGCACGCCCUCUGCGCCCCAUCCGGUUGACCUUGCUCUCCUCGAAAUUCUUUCCCUUUUUUGGACAGAAAUAAGCGGGUGUAGUGUAACAGCGCAUCUCGCCUGAGCGCGUAACGUGUUGGCAGACGGAUAAAAGGGCGACAGAAGCAGAUAGGCUGGACGGAAUGGAUAUGCAGUAUGGGAACUAUUGGAUGCAGGGGCUGCAGCCGCCGCAAGGCCAGCAGCAGGCCGACGCGCUCGAGCACGACGGGCAGCGGGCGGCAUCGGCGGAGUGGAAAGAGCCUUCGAGCUCGAAUGGAAACGGCGGGGCGAGCGUGCAGCAUCCACAGUCGCCGCCCAUCGACCUCUCAGACUUCUCCCUCGCCGACUUCUCUGCGCCACAACACUCCCCGUCGCUCGCGUCCCCGGGCGGCUUCUUCAACGUCAACCCAAACACCCUCAACAACUACCUUCUCUCGCUACACCCUUCAAACACGCCCACGUACAAUGCAGUCUCGUACGGAAACACGUCCUGGUCGUCCCAACAGACACAGGUUCCCUUGUCAUCCUACUCUUCCCUCAAUGGCGCGACAACAUCAGCCAGCCCGCCUCAAAUUUCUCAGCAGUCGUCGUUGCAACAGGCCGUGAUCGACCCCGCAUUGACGACCAUGCAAGAUCCUCCAUCGAGCUCUCUGAACGCAUACUCACCACCACCAAAUGGAAACCAGAUGCAAUCCUCCCAGCAGUCCCAACCACAGAUGCAGCGUUCCCAACAGUCUCUGUACGGACAGUACCCUAUGAUGAACUAUCUAGGCUCUCCCUAUCUUUCCCAGCAGCAACACUCCCCAACACAGGGCACCCUCUCCCCCUUCGCACUGCAUUCCCCAUCAUCUAUGAGUAUACCCACAAACCAAUUCUACGGUACAAAUCUCACACCCCCAUCUUCUUCGUCCACACCCGCACCCGCACCCCCGUCUGUGCAAUCGCCCGAGCAAACCCGAAAGGAUCAGUUUCUCACAUCCCUAAAAGCCGCCCUCCAACCGAAAGAGUUCUCGGGCGCACGAGGUGUACAGCACCUCGUCAUGCUCAUAACCGAAUAUGGUGUGCAAGACGUCGAUGCGGAAACCCGGAGGGACAUCCUGACGAAGAUCAGGGAUAAUGCCGGGAACCACUUCUUCCGCGCUUGGUUGGAGAACUCGGGAGCGAUGGAGGUGACGAGGGAGUGGUUGAAGGCUGGCGCGACGGGCACGGAGGACAAUCAGAUGCUUGAGACGAUUAUGCCGCUGUUACACUCCUUUGCCCCACCACCCUCCGUUUACCUUCGCGGUGCGCAAGCGUUGCACGACGUCUUCUUCGCCGUGUUAUCCCUUGUUGGCGCCAAAAUUACGGACCGCCUGCCGUUCACGGGGGAAACGUUAUCGGCUUCCAAAAUCGGCAAGAUCGUGCGCAAGAUUGCGAAAGAGGUUCCGAUCCCUGCGGUCAAAGACAUGGCGUCAGAUCUGGAACGUAAAUGGCGCGAAAGGUUCGUCGCAUCGCACGCGCAGGACGGCCAACACCCGCAGCCGAUGAACGUGGACGAAGAUGUGGUUGUGGCGGCGACUACGACGGUGACGGUGGGAGGUAGUGGUGCUAAUGGCGGCAGUAAUGGACAUGUACAACAGGCUAAAAAGCGAAAAUCCGAGCCGCUCGCAUCGAAAUCCGGUCCUCCCGCAAAGAAACAAGCCAUCGCAUCCUCCUCCUCGGCCGCGUCAUCAUCGUCAUCUAAAUCCGCCGUCAAGAAAGAGCCGAAGUCAUCAACCUCGACAUCAGCGAACAACGCCUCGCUCAAAGAAUCGAAAACCGACUCUUCCUUCUUCUCCGCACCCAAACCCAAACCAAAGCUCCCAAGCUUCAAGAAAGCAGCAGCGGCACCAGCACCACAUCCACCAUCCACCUCUGUCUCUGCCUCUGCCGCCAUCGCCAAUGGUAGCGGACCUACCACAGGCGGCCCUGCCGUGAAAAAGGAGCCAGACCCAAAUGUGGCCCAGCCGUCUGCGAUCGACCCGUUCCAGGAGGCAUUGAAAGACAUGGCGAAAGGGAGAAAGGGAUCGCCUGCUUCUGGACCUGCGUCGACGCCGCCGGGCGUAGGGACGCCACCGCCACCGCCACAAAAAGGUUUACAGGGCAAGAAGAAGAAGAGCGUCACAUGGCCGGCGGAGGACCAGCUGGAGAAGGUGAAGUGGAUUGAGAGGGCGAUGUACGAUGAUGACGAGGGUUCUGUAGAUGGCUCGCAUGCUUUGCAUAAUGUUCGUGAUUAUGAUAGGGACGAGGGUGCGGCGUUGCACGUCAACUCGCAUCUCUUUGAAGAACUCAUCGACUUUGUCGAACCUUCACUGGUCGGAUUCCCCGAUGGCCUCGAAGUGCGCCCACGAGGUGAAGAAUCCCAAGAAAAAGUCGUCCAAGAACAGCGGGAACAAACCGCGCUGGGCGCGAUGUACCUCACCCCCCAACAGAUCCCCGACUCACCCGCAGAACCCGCGAUCCAGCUCACGCCGGAGCAGACGGACGAGAAUGUGAAGGUGAUGAUGACGGGUCCCGAAGUCGACGGGUUGUUCUGGACGAAUGCGCCUAGCGGGAUGCAUGAGGACGAGCAUAUGAUGGGUGGUGCAGGCGCUGGUGCUGGUCUGGGUGCGGGUGCGGGCGGUGGGACGCCGUCAGUCUCGGAUUUGGUGGGGCAGCUUGCGGGCGUUGGGGCUCAGAGGCCGGGAAUUGACCUAAGUGCACUGACGCAGUUGACGUCGAUGGGGACGUCGUUGACGGCCGAACAGCUCAGUCAACUGGCGCAGUAUAUUACUGCUCAACGGCAGCAACAGCAGCAGCAGCCGCAAGCUCAACAGCCUAAUGGGGCAUGGGACCCGUACUAUGCCGCUGGGGGGCAGGGACAGCAAGCAUAUCAGGACGCUGCUCCCCCGACUGGACCUGCGGGCCAUGGUCCUGGAGAGCGAGAUAAGCGAUGGGCACCGCCAGAUGGACCGGCGGGGUGGCAGAAUGAUGGAUUUGGGGGUGCGGGGAGGGGGAGAGGGGGAAGAGGAGGGGGUCGUGGUGGUGCGAGGUCGGAGGCGCAUAGAGCCACUCGGUCUCGAAUACCUUGUGCAGAUAUGGCGAUCAGUGCGACUUCAGCCACGAGCUACCUUGAUGGAUGCUUCGCGCGCACAGAAAGGAAACGCGACCAAAAUCCCAAACUGGAUGCAGCUGGCAAGCUGCUUCCUGUCUUGGACUUUGGGAGUGAUGCCCUUUCCGAGUGCGCCUGA